CUCCAGAACGUUGAGAAAUGGCUGGAGCCUCUCAAUUCCGAGGCCAAGCUGCGAGGAGUGCGCGAACGGCGUCAGCUCGAAACAUGCGAAUGGCUGCGUGGGCAUGACCAAUUCGUCUCGUGGUAUUCAGCUGGUUCUCUUCUGUGGUUGAACGGUAUACCAGGAAAUGGAAAAACAGUCCUCGCGUCGUUUGUCAUCGACCAUUUGAAAAAAAGUGUCACCAGCGAAGAGAUUGUUUUGUUCGCCUUUGCAGACUUCCAGGAUGUCCGAAGCACUGAUGUAGUCGUGUUGCUGCGCACGCUACUCGCGCAGCUUCUCGACCACUGUAAACCGGAGGACUUUGUCGAGGACAUGGACUUUACCGAGUUGGAGAAGACCAUGCAUCGGCAUCAUGCAGAUCGACCUAAAUUCCUCCAAUAUCUUUCUGAGUUGCUGGAAAAAGCGAGUGAACCUUGGAAGCGCGUGUUCAUCGUCAUCGAUGCUCUUGAUGAGUGUGUGCAGAAGAAUCGGAGAGAAUCGAUUGCGGCAAUUCGCAAGCUAGCAUAUGCAGGUUCCAAAAUUUCUGUUUUUGUUACUAGCAGAGGGGAGCAGGACAUCGUGGACGUUCUGAGCAGCGUCCCCACUAUCUCUCUCGGGGACGAAACUGAGAGAGUCCAGGAUGACAUACAAAGACUCAUCGAGGACAAGAUGAACACUUCUCAUCUCUCGCUCAAACAUUUUCAUGAAUCGGUUCGUACACGUAUCACGUUGACUCUUCUGGAGAAGUCCAAGGGCAUGUUCCGCCUGAUAGACUGUCAGUUGGAAUCCUUAGCGAAAGCGAAAUUCGAAAGUGACAUCGAUGAGAUACUCCAAAAUCUUCCUGCAGACUUGAAUUCGAUGUAUGAAAGGAUCCUUCAAAGCGUCGAAGAAGAGGGCCAGCGCGCUGUGAAAAUAGUCCAGCGUACGCUUUGGUGGUUAGUGGGAUCGCAUCGGCAGCUGCGUCUUGCGGAACUCAUGGAAGCUGUCACGAUAGAAGCAGGAAAUUAUUCGCCGAAUACAGACUUGGAGCUUCUGAGCGGCAAGCAUCUUUUGGAGAUGUGCUCAAGUCUGGUCCGUCACAACACAAAGACGAAUAUUCUGGUAUUACCCCAUGCUUCUGUGCAGGUGCGGAAUCUUCUCACUGAGAUUGACAUCAGACUGAUUGUUCUCGCUAGGAUUUUUUUUUCCGACUAUCUCAAAGAGACAAAGUAUCGAAACUACCAUAUUCCAUCAUUCUCCUUUCUGCACCGACACACCGCUGGCCUCAUUUCGGCAUAUCUUCACUAUGGGGAUUUCCAGAAUGGGCCAUGUACAACAUCGCAACACCUUUUCACGCGUUUGGGACAACAUCCUUUCCUUGUCUAUGUCGUUUCAAACUGGGACGUGCACAUUGUCAAGAUGUAUGAAACAUGCCCAGAGUCGGAGAUGCCUCCUGACUUUGACAAGCUCCUUGCCCUCUUCGAUGACUCGGAGAAGAAUCUACUCGCUCACCACAUUGAUGGUUUCAUCCGUCCGCGUUAUUGCGCUGGUCCAUCUUGGCUUCUGACCGAAGAAGGACUUCUGCCGAACCCUCCACGACGAGACCUGUCAGAUAUGACCUCUAUUGGAGAGCUGGAUUAUAUGGUCUAUCCUCUCGUAUCUGAAGGGCCUGCAUCGUUGGUACGGGACCUCCUGCGCAAACUUCCCCAGUUCAAAGAACGCCCAUUAUUCUACUUUGGAACACCUUUGAUGGUUAGCAUUUUUGCCGGAAAGCUAGACACUGUAAGCAUGCUUUUACAAGACCUUCACGUCGACGUGAAUACUUGCGCCUGGCAUUAUCGUUGCAAUCAUGAAGUCGUGUCACCCAUCUUCCUCGCGACCAACGACAUCAUCAUUGGAGCCGCCAACUACGGUCGGAUAGACAUUCUUAAAGUUUUAAUCAGUCACGGAGUCGACGUGAAUACUAGGUCCAAGAUUAGUGGCAAUACUGUCUUGCAUGCAGCCAUAAUAUAUGGUCUCAUUGACAGCGUCAAAGCUCUCAUCGAUGCAGGUUGCGAUAUCAACCCUCGUUCUAAAGGGAAAACGCCCCUUGAUUUCGCUCUGAACCAACAAUCUUCAGAUCUUGGCCGAUAUUUACUCGAGAAAGGUGCUUUAUUCGAUCAAUGUUUGCCUCAAAACUUUGUGGACCUGGAGUGGGCAGUUGGAGAGCUGUGGUACCCAGAGACGCGACGGCAUCUAGCAAAACUCGAUGUUAGCCCCAAGUCGCAGCUGGACAUUGAGAAAAUAGUGCGCCUCUUGAAAAUGCGGCUUUCCUCGCCAGAACCGCUUAUCAUCCGGGCUAUCCUUGAUUUCGCCGAAUUGUGGAUUGUGACUUCCGCUGAACGACAUGAGCUCGUCAGAGUCUUUGAGCGCUCUCCUCGUGAGUCUUAUAUCUCUACACCACCGAUUGCUGGUGGCCCGGAAAACCCGGUUCGGCGCAUCGUGUUCAUGACAUCACAUGGCUAUCAACGUGCGAGACCUCAACCCGCCAGAGGCUUGUAUUCUGAUUCAUCAACUUGGUUUGAAGCAGAAGUAGAGUCCAGCCCUGGCGUGUUGAUGCGAAUUCAAGAUAAUGUCCGCGCUGACGACCAGAGUCGGACUCACGUCAAUGUGUGGGACCAUCAGGAUGCCCCGUCUUCCAUCGAGGCCUGGAUGUCAAAAAUUAAAGCAGGGGAUAAAAUCUCUGUCUAUCCAAGAGCGAGAUCUGGGCUCUGCCAUAAUUAUGUGGAGAGUGGUGUGGUAAUGGUAUAUACAUCCUAUAUCUAA